AUGGAGAGUGAUUCGGAAGAUAGCUCAGAGUUCUCUGGGCAGUGGACUGACGGAUGGAGCACAAGAUCGGAGGCUGACGAAUGUGAGAGAAUAGGGACAGAGUCAGGACAAUCAGAGGAAGUCAAUAUGACAUCGUUGGAUACCGAGAAAACUAGUAGGGUUGCAGAUGAGGCGAAAGCACAGGAAUCUAGUCCGUCGAUGGUGAGGUCAGAUGAAGAACUUAAUAGUUCUAAUCGCUUCAUGGCAGGGGUAACUGCGAAAGAUCUGGCGCUUGCUGAAUUCGAUUCAGUUGAGGAGGCACAUGCAAGAGAAGGAUUGCGUGAUAAGAAACAUUUUGAGAGGAUUGAUAGACAGCGUGCACACAAACCAAUUACACGAACCAAUUGUAAUGCGAGGUUUGUGGUUCAUCUAGACAAGGGGUGCGGUGGUUAUCACAACUUUCAUUUUAUAAAGAAGGAUCUUUAUAACUAUAUCGAUGAGGUUCGACGUUCCCACAUUGUGGAGGGUGAUGCUACUGCAGCCAUUAGCUAUCUUAAAGGAAAGACCGAACUUGAUCCGCUAGCUGUGGUACAAUACACGUAUUGUGCUGAGAACCACUUGGGUACUAACCAUCAUAGACAAACCAUUAUUUUUGAGUUUGGGUUGCUUGAGGAUGAGAAGAUUCCUUCUUAUAAGUGGUUGCUAAGGUGUUUCUUGGAUGUGAUAAGGCAAAAGGAGCUGAUGGUUGUGGUUACAGAUAGAGAUGAAUCAAUGAAGAAGGCUAUCCGGAGCGAGUUUCCUAAUGCAACACACCGAUUAUGCAGUUGGCACCUUGCUCGGAAUGCUGUCUCUAACAUUAAGGAUGCUAAUUUUUGUAGUGCAUUUAAGCAUGCGGUUUAUGGAAACUUUGUAGUUGAAGAGUUUGAGAACUAUUGGGCGGAGAUGGUUGAGAGCUUCGGUUUAGAGAAUAAUGAAUGGAUUGGAAAAACCUACGAAAAGAGGGAGCAUUGGGCGAAUGCUUAUCUUUGUGAUAAGUUUUGUGUUGGAGUUAAGAAACAAAUAGAGUCAGUUGCUGCGUUGAUCGUGCUUCAUAGUGAGAGUUAUGGUACCAUUCAAAAGUUCAUGCUAAGAAAGUUCCGAAGGCCCCGUCGAGUUUAUACUGUGUUGUACGAUAGUAGUUUUGAAAAUUAUGAGUGCUCGUGCAAAUUGUGGAACAGUCUAGGGGUCCCUUGUAGUCAUAUAUUUUGUGCAAUGAAAGAGCUUGAGAUAGAGGUGCUGCCAACCCAACUAGUGCUUCGUAGGUGGUGUAAAGAUGCAAAGUUAUUGGUGUCAGUUGGUGCGGUCCCAGUGGCGGAUCCCGAGAAGGCAUUUCGGAUUCGUUAUGGGUCCUUGUGA